GGAUUGCAUGUAACAGUGACAUUGAAACAUUCAUGUUCAUUUAUUUAUUGCCUUCAACCCUACCCGGCACAAAGGAAUGACCUCAAUCACAAGAUCCUUUGCAUGAAAACCUAGAAAACUCCUUCCCUUUCUUUUCAUGUUCUCAUAUUGUUUAAUUUCUGCGAAAAGAAUCAGGAUUGUUUCUCUUUAACUCGUGCAACAAACGACGGAUGUCAUAUAGUGGUUACUGAGAUUGCGCCACUCACCCUGGAGGAACCAUCUCAUCAUCUUUCAUUUCAGUCUGUUAGGAGAGGAGUAAACUAAAGAGCAAAUAAUUAUUGUACUGUGUACGAGUCUGUUCUUUCUUCUAUAUAUAAUUUCUUCUAGAGAUCAUAAUAUUCAUGAAAGAUGCUGGAAUUCCUGAUCAUAACUGUCCUUUUCAGCGAGGUGCCUGGAUAUCUCACACAGGAGGAUAUGACCGGUCAAGUGUUUCUAUUUCCUGAAGAGUCGGACAAUUCCUAUGUGAAGCUGCAGCCAGAAAAAAAUGGCCCAUUUGGUGGCCUCUCCAUCUGCCUGAGAUACUACUCACUGCUUACCCGGGAGUUCUCUUUAUUCUCUCUUGCUACUUCUAGUAUGGACAAUGAUUUCCUUUUGUUCUACUGCCCCCAAUGUGACCAACAUUUUGAAGUUUCAGUGGGUGGCAGAGACUUGAGUUAUAAUUUAAAAGAAAGGAACGAUGCUGAGUGGAGAAGCGUCUGUGCCAGUUGGGACUCUUCCUCUGGGGUCGUGGAGUUAUGGAUCAAUGGCAAACCAUAUCCAAGAAAGGUGUUCCAAAAGGGUCACGUUAUAAGUAAAUAUCCUAGUAUCAUAAUUGGGCAGGAGCAGGAUGGUUAUGGGAGUAAUUUUAACAUCAAUCAGUCUUUUGUUGGGGAAAUAAGUGAUAUCCACGUGUGGGAUACAGCUCUGACCUAUCAGAAUAUCUUUGAUGUUCUUACUUACAAUAACCUGACUGGUAAUGUGAUCAACUGGAGGUCUCUGAAGUAUAAAGCUGAAGGGGAUAACUCUGUGCUGCGCUGUUUAAAAAGGAUAUAUCAUAACCCUACAUGUAACCGAAAUACUGUGUAAGCUUUGCAUGUCUUUGGGGCUCAUUUAUUAACAGGGUGCUAAAUUGCACCAUUUAAGUUACCCCAAGGGGUAUAUUUAUCAUGCUGUGUAAAAAGUGGAGUAAAACAUUACCGGUGAUGUUGUUAAUAGAAGCCAAUCAGAUGCUUUGCUUUGAAAUCUAAUUGCUGAUUGGUUGCCCUGGGCAACAUCACCGGUACUGCUUCACUUCCCUUUUUACACAGCAUGAUAAAUAUACCCCGUAGUAACUAUUUAGCAAUUAAUUAUGAUCAGUCAGAAAUCAAAAACAAAGCUCUGACAGGUUGCUAAGGGUAACAGUGUCCAAAGUUACCACAGAAAUAACUAUGUUAAUAAACUGACUUUAUCUUGUCAAAUAAAACCCAUUAAAAUCCUUAUAUAGGUAAUUAAUUAGUAGGUUUAAGGCACAGUGUUCUAAGUUAUGGAAAGGCCCCAUGUUCAGGAAAACCCUGAUCCCAGUCAUUUCAGACAAUAGAACUCAUACCUGUUUAUAUUUUAUUUAUUAGUGCACUGUUUCUGCUGUUUAUACUAGUGAUAUAUUGUAGGAAUGUACAGUACUAUCAAGGGUACAUAAAUAAACAUACGUAUAUAUUUCACAUGUGGCUGGCUCACAUGGUUAUUAUACUUAUACCCAGUGCUGUCCCCCACCUUAGUUAAAACUAAACUAAACAGAACUAGAAUGUCAGCUGUUUAUUAAGACCUUAAAGGGGACCUGUUGCCUUAAGAAAUAAUUCCAGAUUGUUUUCUAUUGUGUUUGUCAAGCAAAAUAAACUUCAU